CGUUUUAAGCAAGAUGUGACGUUAGACUAGAAAAAUAAAAAAUUUCUCUUGUUUUUGUUAUUGACCUUUAAAUUUGGUUGUCGAGGAACCAAAGCCUGCCGGAAGAAACAAUCUUUCUCUGUCUUUUGUCCCCUUCCCCUAUUUUUCUUUUUGUUGUUGUCAUGGCGGAGAUUUCUGGGUGUAAUGGAAACCAUGAAGUAGUUUUGAAUGUUAAUGGUGAAACCAGUCAUCCUCCUCCUCCUACUUCAUCAGCUCCAAAAAGAAAAGAUUCUGACCUGGGUUUCUCUGUACCCUUCAUUCAAAAGCUAAUGGCAGAGGUGUUAGGCACGUACUUCUUAAUAUUUGCGGGUUGUGCAGCGGUGGUGGUGAAUGUAAACAAUGAGAAAGUGGUAUCACUACCAGGGAUUUCCAUGGUAUGGGGAUUAGCUGUAAUGGUCUUGGUUUACUCCUUAGGUCACAUCUCUGGUGCUCAUUUCAACCCUGCUGUCACCAUUGCUUUUGCUACCUGCAAAAGAUUUCCUCUCAAACAGGUCCCUGCUUAUGUAUUUGCUCAAGUUAUUGGAUCAACACUAGCAGCUGGUACACUUCGGUUGCUAUUUAGCGGACCACAUGAUGUCUUCGCCGGAACAUCGCCGCAAGGGUCCGAUUUGCAGGCUUUUGGGAUCGAGUUCAUCAUUACUUUUUACCUAAUGUUCAUUAUAUCUGGUGUUGCCACUGAUAACAGAGCUAUUGGAGAACUUGCUGGACUUGCCAUUGGUGCCACUGUGCUCAUUAAUGUGAUGUUUGCUGGGCCAAUUACAGGAGCAUCAAUGAACCCAGCAAGGAGUUUGGGACCUGCAAUUGUGUCGAAUCAUUACAAGGGGAUAUGGAUAUAUCUGAUGUCACCAACACUUGGGGCAGUGUCAGGUGCAUGGGUUUAUAACAUGGUGAGGUACACAGACAAGCCAUUAAGGGAGAUAACCAAGAGUGCUUCUUUCCUCAAGAGUCCUCGUAAUUCUGGUUAAAUUGUACUAUAGGGUAGGAACCAAAGGAGGUUUUACUUUUUCUUUUUUUUUUGCAUUGUUUUGUGUAAAUCAGAACUAUAUAAUAGUGUUUGAUAGGAUUGGAUCAUAUUAACCUUUAUUGAUAUUGCAAACCGAAGAUAGGAAUGUACUGAUCAUUGAGAAUGAAUGAAUGAGAUUGGCUCAUUGCUGCUGUAUUUUCAUCAAA